AAACUUUUAUUGGCACAAAAUCAGAGUUAUUUGUUUAUAUAUUAUCUAUGGCUGUUUCUGUGCUACAGCAACAGAGUUGAGUAGCUACAACAGAGGCUACUCAACUGGCCCAUAAAGCCAAACAUAUUUACUAUAUAGAACUUUACAGUUGGGGAGCCUGGGUGGCUCAGUUGUUUAAGUGUCUGACUCUUGAUUUGUGCUUAGGUCAUGAUCCCAGGGUUGUGGGAUCAAGCCCCACAUCGGGCUCCAUGCUGAGCAUGGGGCCUGCCUGAGAUUCUCUCUCUCCCUCUGUCCCUUUCCCCUACUUUUGCUCUCUCUCUAAAGCAAACAAACAAACAAACAAAGUUAAAUAAUUAAAUAAAUUAAAAAUAAAUUUAAAGAACUUAAAGGGUGCCUGGGUGGCUCCAUUGGUUGAGUGCCGACUUCAGCUCAGGUCAUGAUCUCUCAGUUCUUGAGUUGGAGCCCUGGGUUGGGCUCUGUGCUGACAGUUCAGAGCCUGGAACCUGCUUCGGAUCCUAUGUCUCCCUCUCUCUCUGCUCCUCUCCCACUCAGUUGCUUGGAUGACUUAUACAAGAUAUGUAAAAGUGUUCAUUUUCAACUGUUGGCUAAAGGACUCUCUACCUCUGUGGACCCAAACUGAUCUUAAGGAGAUUGUUGCUCUGUUUCAGUAUCUUCCAGUGGUUUGCCAUAGGCUGAGUCCUUUUCUUUCCUCAGUGGCCCUCCUGAUAGUAGUCUCAGCCAAGAAGAAUGGGUUGCCCUAUUGUGCAGGUCUAAAUUGGUCUAUUGGUCUAAAUUAAGCUAAACCAACAUUUAGGACCUAUCCAUAUAUCCAUACCCCUACCCCAAGUGACAAAAUUUUGCCUUAUAUACUUUAAAAGAUUUGGUUCUCAGAACUAUCAUUGGAGACAUUUCGUUAGCGCGCACACACACACACACACACACACACACACACAAACUCUUUAAUUAUUAUUUUAUUUUUUAAGGGUAGAAAAGGGCUAUCUAACAUUCUUUAACACAUGAUAAUGAUGUGCACCAGACAUGUAUCUGUGGGUUCAUGAAAGCAUGUCAGAAAAAAACUGUGCUUAAUCUUACUUUUUCUUUCUUGGGUUCAGUGUCAUUUUACAUGAAGGCUUAUUAUUAUUAUUAUUAUUCAGGAAUUAUUUCUAUUGUACAUUUUUUAUGACCUCUUUUUUUUGUCUUCCAAGUCUUUAAACAUAAUUUUGAAAAGAAAAAAAGAAUGUAUCAUUUUCAUAUUUGCUACUGUACCCUCACUGUUUUUAGCUUUUACACUUAAGUCCAUGAUCCAUUUGUGUGUAUGUGUUUUAAGUAGGCUUCACAUCCAGCACAGAGCCCAACACAGGGCUUGAACUCACAAUCCUGAAAUCAGGACCUGAGCUGAUGGAGCACCUGGGUGGCUCAGUUGGGUAAGUGUCCCGAUCUGGAAUUUGGCUCAGGUCAUGAUCUCACUUCUUGUGAGUUCAAGCCCCAUGUCUGAGCACAGAGCUCAUUCUCUCUCUCUCUCUCUCUCUCUCUCUCUCUCUCUCUCUCUCUCUCUCAAAAUAAAUAAAUAGGGGCACCUGGGUGGCUCAGUCAGUUGGACAUCCAACUUUGGCUUGGGUCAUUAUCUUGCAGUUCGUGAGUUCAAGCCCUCAUCAGACUCUCUGCUCUCAGUGCAGAGCGCACUUUGGAUCCUCUGUCUCCCUCUCUCUCUGCCUCUCCCCCGCUGGCUCUCUCUCUCAAAAGUAAACAUUAAAAAUUUUAAAAUAAAUAAAUAAACUUUAAAAAGCUGAGAUCAAGGGGCGCCUGGGUGGCUCAGUCAGUUAAGCAUCCGACUUUGGCUCAGGUCAUGAUCUCGUGGUCCAUGAGUUUGAGCCCCGUAUGGAGGUCUGUGCUGACAGAUCAAAGCCUGGAGCCUGCUUCAGAUUCUGUGUCUUCCUCUCUCUCUGCUCCCUCCCUGCUCAUGCUCUGCCUCUCUCUGUCUCUCAAAAAUAAAUAAACAUUAAAAAAAAUUUUUUAAGCUGAGAUCAAAAGUUGGAUGCUUAACCAACUGAGCCACCCAGGUGCUCCAAGUCGAUUAUCCAUUUCAGCUAACUUUUGUAUAUGGUAAGAGGUAAGGGUCCAACCUCAUUCUUUUGCAUGUGGCUAUCCAGUUAUCCCAGCACCAUUUGUUGAAAUUCUUUCCCCUUUGGCUGUUUUGGGAACUUUCUCAAAAACCAAUUGACUACAAAUGUGAGGGUUUAUUUCUGCCUUCUCAGUUCUAUUCCAUUUGAUUUGCGCAUCUAUCAUUACGCUAGUACCACAGUGUUUUUUAUUAUUGUAGCUUUGUAGUAGUUUCAAAAUUGGGAUGUGUGUGUCCUUCAACAAUGUUCUUCUCUUUAAAGAUUAUUUUGCCUAGACCUAGUCAACAUUUUGUAACAACAACAAAUGAGUAUAUUCAUCCACUGCCUUUAAUUAGAUUUAGUAUAGUUCUUACAAACCUUUAUAAUGGAACUCUAAGGAGUCUGUUUUAGAUGGGGUAUUUGGAAAAACAAACAAAAAACACGUUUUAAUUUGGUAAGGUACCAUGAUGCUAAAUACCUUUGGAAUCUGACUUUUCAGAGGAAUUUAAAGUUUGAUUUUCUUUCACAAAUACAAUUUGUUAUAUAACAUCAGAAGACAUGAUCUGUAGGACUUGAGCAGCAAUGCAGAAUUUUAGAUCAUUAGCCAUGUGAUCCUUGAAAUUAAGACAAAGCUAUGAGUUUCAGGAACCCUCACCAUGUUAGCAAAUCAGCACAAGAAGUAGGGUAAAUAAUAAUAUUUACAAAUCAAGUCUAGACCUAGAUUAGAGUCUAUAUUUUGGGUCAGAGUUGUAUCUAAUUAUUUAUAUAACAUAUUCAUCUGAUGAUUUGAAACUGUUUUAAUAAUACUUUUUUUGAAAUGAAUAUUGAUACCAUAAAAUCCUUUGUAUAUUUUUUAAAUUUAAGUAAUCUCUACAUACAACAUGGGGCUCGACCCCAAGAUCAAGCAUCACAUGCCCUUCCAACUGAGCCAGCGAGACGCCCCAGUCCUUUACUAAAACAAAAUUUUUUAAUGUUUAUUUAUUUGUUUUUGAGAGACACAGUGCAAGCAGGGGAAGGGCAGAGAGAGAGGGAGACACAGAAUCUGAAGCAGGCUCCAGGAUCUGAGCUGCCAGCCAGAGCCCGACACGGGCUCAACUCAAGAACUAAGCUUAACUAACUGAAGUCAGAUGCUUAACUAACUGAACCACCCUGGUGCCCCUGAUUUUUUUUAAAUCUGCUUUUAAAAGUUAAAGACUUUGGUGAAUUGUUUAUUUACAAAGAGUAUCAGGAAAUCACUGCAAGUCCCAAGGAACAUUUAGGGGUUUCUUGAUUCCCCAACCAGUCCCACAAUAUUGCUCAUGGAUCUGCUUUAAAAAGUUUGUACCCAAGGGGACCUGGGUGGUUUAGUCAGUUAAGAGUCUGACUCUUGAUCUCAGCUCAGGCCAUGAUCUGAGAUCAUGGUUUGUGAGAUUGAGCUUUCAGUUAGCUCUGUGCCAACAUCACAGGAACCUGCUUGGGAUUCUCUCUCCCCCUCUCUCUGCCCCUCCCCUGGUUGCAUGCUGUCUCUCUCUCUCAAAAUAAAUAAGCUUUUAAAAUACAUAAAUAAAUAAAAAUAACAAUUUUGUACCCAGAGACCCACUAUCCUUCACAAUCAACAUUUAUAAUCAAGCAACAAUUGCCAUCUCCUAGUUAAUUAAUGUGUGAGCCCUUCAUAACGGUUUUUAGAUAUGCUUUUCUUUUUUUUUUAAUGUUUAUUUAUGUUUGAGAGGGAGAGCACGAGCAGAGGAGGGACAGAAAGAGAGAGGGAGACAGAAUCCCAAGCAGGCUCCACGCUGUCAGCACAGAGCCCAACACGGGGUUCGACCUCACAAACUGCCAGAUUACUACCUGCACCCAAAUCAAGAGUCAGAUGCUUAACCCACUGAGCCACCCAGGUGCCCCUCUUGUUUUUUUAAGUAGGCUCCACACCCAGUGUGGGGUUUGAAUUCACAACCCCAAGAUCCAGAGUCGUAUGCUCCACUGACUGAGCCAGGCAGGCACCUCUAGAUAGGCUCUUCUGUUUGAAUAUCAAAGCACCCCCCCCCCAAAAAAAAACCUCUAGUACUGAUGUUUCAUCUUUUCUACAGCAUCUCUGUCAGUCUAAUUAAUUAUCAUGUAAGGAGUGCAAUUACUCGUUGUGUAGGUCCACUUCUGCUGUUUUGUAUUUACACCAUUUUAACAAGUUAACAUUCAGGGUGAGUUCUGGCUCAAUCUGGGACAUGAUUCAAUUCUGGUGACUUGUCAAAAUGUAAAGGUCCCAGGUAAGUGCCCCAAAUAUAACUUUGAUGUGGAAACACACUUAGAUCAUAAUGGAGAUACAAAAAAAUCCUCAUUUUAUGAAAUAGAUACAUUUUGGAAGGCCUCACAUAUUAUAAAUAUCACAUAGUUAAGCCGUUUACCAUAUGGAUUAGUCGUUCUACCAGAGAAACAUAAGUACUAGGACACAUAUAUUUAUUAAGAGAUUUAUUACAAGGAAUUGCUUUAAACAAUCCUGGAGGCUUGCUAGGCAGAUCUGAAAUCUGUAGGGCAGGCCAACAUGCUGGAAACUCCUGGGAAGGAUUAAUGCUGCAGUCCUCAGGAAGAAUUUCUCUUCCUCAGGUGAAUCUCAGUUUUACCCCUAAGGGUUUCAACUGAUUGGAUAAGAUCUGUUCAGAUUAUAUGGGAUAAUUUCUUUUACUUAAAGUCAACUGAUUGUAGAUGUUAAUUACAUCUAUAAAUACCUUCACAGCAAUACCUAGAUAAGUAUUUGAAUCACUGGGUACUAUAGCUUCGCCAAGAUGACACAUAAAACUACCUUUCACACCCUAGGACCCACAAGGCCUGCAGAUAUUUCUGUUUACUAACUAAACUGCUACCCCCCAUGGCAGUAAUGCAAGUUCAUAAUUCAGUUAGCUUGCCAGAUUUGAAAACGUGCAGAUUCUUGAUUACAUUUUUAAAAUUUUGAGGAUUCUCAAUAUUUCACACUCUACAUAAAAUAUAAUAUUAAUAAAGUAGGCUCCGCGCCUAGUGCAGACUCCAUUGUGGUGCUUCAACUCACCACACUGAGAGCAAGACCUAUAUCUGAUAUCAAGAGUUGGAGGCUUAACUAACUGAGCCACCCAGGCACCCCACACUACAAAAUUUUAUGAUUAAAACGCAUGGUACAAGUAAUUAUCUUGUCUUACAAUGUUGAAAGGUGAAAAGCUAUGCCUUUAUCUAAUAUAAUCAGGUGGAAGCUCUUACGGUUUUAGGGUCAUGUAAGGAGACUAUCUCAGGUGUCUAUGUCCCUUUCAAUCUCUCUUCAACCGUCCUCUUUCAAUAUCCUAGUCCAGUUCCCAUCCCCCUUCCUCGAGGCUUUAUACUCUUCCAUAUAGGAGGAGACAUUUCCUUUCUUCCACUUUUUGAAUCUUGCAUACUUCAGUAUCUUAGGCUUGACCAGAUUUUGGCGACUACAGAGGGAGAGGGAGAGUCUAGUCCAGGGGCAAUGGGUGCUCAUCAAGUCAGGUUCAGUUUUCCCCAAAUAAGCAUAAUGACUUGAUUUCCUCACCAGUUCCCUAAGAAGUAUGUACACCACUCCCAAAUUAGCAUUGAUUUUACUCAGUGACAACACAUUCUCUCUCAAGUGUGAUCCCCCCACCCCCAGCAUUAUUUCGUGAAGGAGCUUUUAACUCCUUUCUGAAUCCAGCUUACAAGCAUCAUGACAUUAGCUGGCACUGUGUUAGCAAGGAUAAACUACGCCAACGCCAUAUCUCUUUCAUAAAAAAAUUGGGGGGUGGGGGGUAGGAGUGCAUGAAUAGGUCUCAGUUCCUGCUACAAUAGACCUUUGGUAAAUAUUUGUUGAAGUAAAUAUAAUGACUUUCUUCUAUGUGAUAGGGACUCGAGGAUGGUCUUUAAAUGGUGAUUAAAUGUCCAUCCUAUGGCAAUAAAAGAUUUAAUUCCUCCAAAUAAACUUACAUAUUUCAAAAUAGAAAUGUCAUACUUCCUCAUGGAAAUAAUCUUGGAUGAAAGAAAUGCGCAAUCGCCACUCAAACUUAGGUCAUUAUGGUUCAUAAUACGACAUCAUGAUGGCACCUAUUUCAGUGCUCUGCGCAUCAAUCCAUACAGACAGAAUACUGCUGUCUGGAAUGGUACCAAUUUUGUCAUUUUAAUUUUUUUUAACAUUUUUAAAUUUACUUUUGAGAUACAGAGCACAAGUGGGGGAGAGGCAGCAGAGAGGGAGACACAGAAUCCCAAGCAGGCUCCAGGCUCUGAACUGUCAGCACUGAGCCUGACCUGGGGCUUGAACCCAUGAACCAUGUGAUCAUGAUCUGAGCGGAAGUCAUAUGCUUAACAAUUUAAUCAUUUUAAAAAAGGGAGUGAAGAGGGACAACCGAGUGACUCAGUCUGUAGAGCACGGGACUCUUGAUCUCAGGGUUGUAAGUUCAAAUCCCAUUUGGUGUAGAGAUCAGUUUAAAAAAGCAAACUGCUUAAAAAUUAAAUGAAAUUAAAAAGGAGUGAAGAGAGCAUCAGCCUUCCAAAGUGAAAACUUGAUUCUUCUAAAUGCGGCCAUGGGCCCCACCCUAUAUGCAGAACGGCUCAGUGCACGCCCAGGUUUAGGUGAGGGCAGCGAACCACAUUUCCCAGCGGCCCUGCAGGUCUCUCGCGCCUGCGCACUGGCAGCGUAGGCAAGUCGGCAGUACUCCCGCGCUAGCCAGCCACUGGGUCUCGUCUCGACCGGCCUCUAGCCCCGGCAUGGAGAGGGUUUCGUUGGCGACGGGCAGCGCGGGAGCCGCCAGGGCCGAGGGAGCUGCGGCCAUGCCGCCCCCGCCAGCCGUGUCCCCGCCUGCCCUCACCCCGGCACCCGCAGCGGGGGAGGAGGGCCCGCCGCCUUUGCCCGAGGCGGGGGCUCCCGGCUGCUCGGGCGCCCGGCCCCCAGAGUUGGAGCCGGAGCGCAGCCUGGGCCGCAUGCGGGGCCGCUUCGAGGACGAGGACGACGAGUUGGAAGAGGAUGAGGAGCUGGAGGAAGAAGAAGAGGAGGAGGAGGAAGAGAUGAGCCACUUCUCGCUGAGGCUGGAGGGAGGCCGGCCGGACUCCGAGGACGAAGAGGAGCGCCUGAUUAAUCUCUCAGAACUGACCCCGUACAUCUUGUGUUCCAUUUGCAAAGGUUACUUAAUAGAUGCAACUACCAUUACAGAAUGUCUUCAUACAUUUUGUAAAAGCUGCAUUGUAAGACAUUUUUACUAUAGCAACAGAUGUCCAAAAUGCAACAUAGUAGUACAUCAGACACAACCUCUUUAUAACAUAAGGUUGGACCGACAGUUACAAGACAUAGUGUACAAAUUAGUGAUCAAUCUAGAGGAAAGAGAAAAAAAGCAAAUGCAUGAUUUCUAUAAAGAAAGAGGUCUAGAAGUACCUAAACCUGCUGUUCCACAGCCAGUCCCUUCGAGCAAAGGAAGAUCUAAGAAAGUCUUAGAAUCAGUGUUUCGUAUCCCACCUGAACUUGAUAUGUCUUUACUACUAGAGUUCAUUGGUGCUAAUGAAGGCACGGGACAUUUUAAGCCCUUGGAAAAGAAGUUUGUCCGAGUUUCUGGAGAAGCAACUAUUGGGCAUGUAGAAAAAUUCCUCAGAAGAAAAAUGGGUCUUGAUCCAGCUUGUCAGGUAGAUAUCAUCUGUGGCGAUCACUUGUUGGAGCAGUAUCAGACUCUAAGGGAGAUCCGACGUGCGAUUGGUGAUGCAGCAAUGCAGGAUGGUCUGCUGGUCCUCCAUUAUGGUCUUGUGGUUUCUCCUCUGAAAAUUACUUGAAGAUUCUAGCAGCAUUAGGAGGAGGGAAACGAAAUAAUGAGGCUUCUGCAGGAUUGCAUUUCACCAAAGAUUUCCACACAACAUGUAAUAGCUACCAUUUUGUGCUGCUGGAGACAUAACUUAUCUAUUUUCAGCACGUAGAUUCAUAACAUUUAUAAGUACAACUUGGAAUGACGGAAUGCAUCUGUUUUACUAGAAACUAUAUAUAAAAAGCAUCCAUAGCUCAGGGGGAAAUUUUCAGAGCAUUAAAUUUUUAAAUUCCUUGUGAUCUCAAAUACUUUGACAUUGAUUUUGCUUCCUAAUCUUUGAGGUAAAUCGGUUACUAUUUUCUUCUUUGUUGAGCCAUAUCCCUUUCCCGUUGGCGGUUAGGAUUCUGCUCUCUGGAAUGGUAUCCGUUGGGCAGUCAUACUUUUGGAAAAGAAGGAUGCUUUUGAACUGAAGAUUCAAAGCCAGGCUUUGUUAAACUACAGAGUGUACCUCUUGGAAAAAGACCAAAACUACUGGCCACUUUUGUAUGUUGCCAUCAUAUUUGGAACACGUGUCUUUCUUUUACCAGCAAUACUACUACAGAGAUGAUAUAUACUUCUAAAAGGGAUGAAUUAUCAUUCUGUGUGAAGAGACUGUCUCCUGCAGGGUUUAUGGCCUGUACUGUAAGCCUUCAGUGUAAUAAAGACUCCUUUAACAUAUCUUAAAAACAAGGGAUGCCUCUUUGAAACAUUAUCUUUAUUGUUUGAAUGUUAGUUUGAUUAGCAUUCACUUGGAGUAUGUAGUUUGGUUGUCAGUACCGUAUAACACCACUGCUUCUCAAAGUAAUAAAUAAACGAGUGAAUUUGCAAGUUUACAGAAUACUUACUGUUCCUCAGUAAGUCAGUUUAUGUUCAUUGUCCCAUUACUUUGUCACUGGGAUAAAGAAUACGGGUGUUUAAGAGUUUGCUCACGUGCAAAGAUUUCAGUUUUAAAUGUUAUUUUGCCUAAAAUUAGCAUUGUGAUACUUUCUAAAACAAUAUUUUGUAAACCCUAUUUCACUGCAAAAUUUCCAAGUCUGCGUAUAGAAACAAAUGAAUGCGGUUUGGCGAUUGUUUUGUAAAGAAUUUGUGAAUUGUGUAUAAAUCUCUUCUAACAUUUAAUAAAAAUUUUUAAUAAAAAUUUAUUUUAACCUA